CAUGAUUUCAGCGACCAAGAUGAGUUGUUCAUUGCUCAGCUCCGUUUGGGCCAACCUCCCCAAGGUAUGUAGCAAUUGCUGCCGACUGCUUCGACCGCCGCCAAGUUGCUGAAGCACCCACACCCGAAGGACGCGCUCGACCCCCUCCCCCGGGGGCCAGACCUGUCGGACUCGCGCCAUGGCCUGCGUUGGUUGUGAAUGUGAUGAAGGACCAGUUGGACAUCAGGAGAAGUGUGUCUAUGCAGGCCCAGGGAGAGGCUCCUACGAAACGGUGAGCAACAUGGUCUAUGUGGGCGAAGGAAAGGGCAGCAUCGACAAGCGCGCUACCAUGGUGACCCAUUCGAAAGGCCUCUCUUGGGGUCUUUGCUGGUGCUUGCUGCUGGUGAUGAUUGCGGGGCUCUUGGUGAUUUUCCUUCACGUGCGCAAUCCGGUGGGAAACGAUGUGGUGACGAUGCCUGCAGUGCCAGUCGUCACCCAGGCGCCAAUCCAACUCAAGCCAAAGCACAUGGUCACCAGGCACUUUGUUUUUCACAAGACUUUGAACAAGCACGUCAAGGACAAGAUCCAGAGCCCACCCCGCGUGGUGGUGGAUCAUGUCUACGCUCCUCACAAGUUCUACUCCUGUGAGCAAGACUCCGAAAAUUGGCGGGCCUGGUCUUCCAAGCACAAGAGGUGGUGCUGCUGGAAGGCCAACUUCGCAUGUCCGGUGAAGGUGGUGAAUGAGGAUAAGUAUGUGAAGGUGCAGAAGAGCCACUCCUAUGCCGUCCCGAAGUACUACAAAGUGAAGGUCCCCUCCGUGACGCCUAAACCGCUGGUGGUGCACGUGAAGGUGCCCUCACCACCGCUCCCCCCGAAGCUGGUGAAGGUGCCCUACAAGGUGCCGGCCAAAAUCCCACCACCCAUCAUCCACUACAAGUACGUGCCGAAACCCUACCGUGUGAACUACACCAAGGUGGUUUGGGAUCAGAAAGAGGUGGAGGUCCCGGUCACGGUGAAGAAGUAUGUGCCUCACAAGGUGCAGCAACCAGCGGAGAUCGUCCACAGAACCAAGAAGGUCUAUGUGGACCCGAAGGGCUACGAUUGCACCGAGGGCUUUCACGACUUUGAGAAACUUUGGUCCCAGGAUCAUCAGCGCUAUUGCUGCUGGAAAGAGAAUCGAGCCUGUGUCCAGGAUGUCCACAAGACCAAGACCAAGGUGGUGACCCGCCCCAAGAUCGUGACGAUCCCAGUGCAGCCUCCGCCGAAGGUCGUGGUGAGGACACACACGGUGAAUGAGUAUGUGGACAACACCCACUUCGAUUGCACAGAAGGCUUUAAGAACUGGUACUUUGGUUGGUCGCCAGUGAAGAAGACUUGGUGCUGCAGCCACGAGAAGAGGGGCUGCCCUGGUUCCUGGCAUGGGAAGAUGCAGUUGGAACUCCACCAUGAAGUGGUGGUGCAUCAUGGAGGAAAGGCAACGGGACGCAUCUAUGACUGUAAUGCGGGAUUCUCCAAUUGGCUCCACGGAUGGUCGGAUUCCAAGAAGAACUGGUGCUGCGACAAGGAGCACCGAGGCUGUGUGAAGUUCCACUGCUUCCAUGAAGAUGCGGCGACGUGGGCCAUGGAGAAAAGCGAGUGGUGCUGCUCCAACUUUCAGGUGGGCUGCCCCAAGACGACCUUGUCGAACCUGGGCUGCAAUGCACCCUGCGAGAUCCAUGGGGAAAGCUCUUUAUGCAUCGACCGCAUCAAGUGGACCUCAGAGAACGUCUUUCAUGGACGAAACAACGCUUGCGCGCUGUCUUACAGCAAGAUCCAGGUAGAAUGCGACAUUUGCCGUGGCUGCUCCAUCGAAGAAGCAGGCUGCAGUGUGAUGCACGUGGCGACGUCCGCGGCCUUCAACUGCAAUGCGGCGUUGAACAACUUCUUCCGCGCCUGGUCCCCACCGAAAAAGCAAUGGUGCUGCACCAACGAGGGCAAAGGCUGUGAGGGGGCCCAUCCGCCCUCCGUCGACCCGGGCUUCGGCAUGGUUUGGAAGCACGUGAAGGUGAGCGGCUAUUGGACUUGGAUGGCCGUGAAGGGUGGCAGCACAGUCAUCAGCAAGCCUGUUCAGAAUCCUUACGACUGUCAUGCGGGUCUAGCCAACUGGCAUGCUGGCUGGUCUGCAAACAAGAAGGUCUGGUGCUGCACGAAUCAGCAUACGGGCUGUGAAGCUACCCCGGCUGAUGCCAAUGCUGCUGCGGCCGGCGCUGCCGCGGGCGGUGCUGCGGGUGGCGCGGCGGGUGGUGCGUUCCACAGCUUUCACAGCUCCUGGCAUUCAGGUGGGGGUGGCGCUACCUAUGGCUGGCAUGGCGGAGCCAUCCACGGGGCCGCCGCAAUGCACGGGGCCGCCGCGAUGCACGGGGCCGCCGCGAUGCACGGGGCCGCCGCGAUGCACGGGGGCGGAUUCACCAUGCAUCACACCGUCGUGCACCAUGAUGUCAUCCACUGAACAGCUCGGUGGACUUAGAUCGAUCGCACCCUUGCCAGUCUGGACUGUACAUCGAAUUCGACCCGUCUCACCAGUGUGGUCAACAAGUGUUGGGGACCAAGACUAAACAUGGCCCAUGGCCUUC